AAUGGAAACUGGUGUCAGAACAGUUUGAAAGGCACCUUAUUUUCAUUCUACCACCGUAUACAGUUUUCGGUGACAGGAUUUUCCUGGUUUCGGACGCAGCCCAUAGUAGGAUUUCUGACUUCAACAGUUCCUUGCUGGAAAAACUCUCCCCAAGUCUCGCGAUAGGUGCUCACUUUACGGAAAAUGUCCCUCAAAUCUCGCGAUAGGUGCUCACUUGUACGGCCGCCAUAUUGUGUGACUCUAUUUUGAUUCUUAUCUGCUGGAAGCGAGAAAGGAAGAGAGAAAUACGGGGGGAGCAGAGGGGGAAGAAGAAGAGCUGUCAAAAGAAAUCCCCGAGUGUGUGAAACAGCGGUGACGCGGUGUUCUCCGCUCAUCGCGGUGUUGAACGGAGUUCGGCCUGGGUUCUGUCAGCAGCCCGGCCCAGUGCAGUCCGGCGGCGGCUGACACGAUAAACAGAUGCUGGAGUCGGAUCUUUAUAAGGCAAAUGCUUCACAAGGAAAACCAGGACUUGGUUGGUUAUCAGGCCCUCAAAACCAAUCAGUGGCCUGUCAAUGCAGAAGAUGCUGAGAUAGUGUGUGUGCUGUGGUUGAGUCCGUUCUGUUUCGUCUGGCAAUAGACGAAUGGCACAGGGAAACCAGCAGAUUGACAACCAGGUUCUGAACCACCUGCGGAAGAAGUUUCCAGAAGUUCCAGAUGACGUGGUGUCUCAGUGUGUCUUAGAGAAUAAGAGCGAUUUGGCUGCAUGUUGCGAGUACCUGGCCAAGGUGAGUCCUGGUUUCUUGUAUAGUGAAGGCAGCCAAAGUUUAGCGGACUUUCGCAAUCACAUGACCCAGCUCAACCUCGGCGUCUCUCAAAAUGCCCAUGGUGCUGUACAGCGAGAUGUAGUAAGGAUGAAUGGCAGCAGGACUGUCACCCCCAGUGUGAGCGAUGGGCCUUUAAAUGCCCCUUCUGAGUUCUAUCAGCCUGAACCGCAGUCCGUGCCGACACACCUACCCACAAGUCUCAACACGUUCGGUGCCAUGGAGUCUGCUCGCAAGCCGCAGCCUCCUCAGCACCUUGGCCUAUACCAGGUUGGGGGCAAAGGUCACGGACCGCCCCCGACCCCACGCUUCAACCCUAUCACAGUGACACUUGCACCCAACACCGGUCGGAAUACACCUACCUCCCUCCACAUUCAUGGAGGGCCUCAGUCAGGUCUGAACAGUCCAAACUCGAUCUACAUUCGCCCGUAUGUGACCCAGCCAGGCUCAACGCGACAGGUACAAGGCCGAGCGCAGUACAGUCCCACCUCACAGCCCGCUCAGCAGAUCUAUCAGAUCACUCAUCCCGCAGGUUCCCAGAGUUCUUGGAGUGGGACCCAACAUCAAACUUCACAUGUGUACAUGCCAAUCAGUUCACCCACCAACACCCAGGCGCCCUCCAUACCAUCGGCCGUGGCGUCACAGGCCUCCUUUUCAUCACCAUUGCCCUCUUCAUCUUCCUCAUCUACUGCUGGCCCAGUCUCAUCCUCCUUUAGCCAGUAUAACAUCCAGAACAUCUCAACAGGGCCGCGGAAGAAUCAGAUUGAGAUAAAGUUGGAGUCCCCUCAGAGAGGGGCUGGAGGUUCGGGCACGGCCUCCGCAACGCUCCUGCGCUCUGGCUCCACCCCGCGACCCGUCUCCACAUCUUCAUCCUGUCCAUCUUCGUCUUCGCUGGCUACCAACACAGGUUCCUCAACCCCAAUCUCAAUUGGAGGUGCGGGACUCAGCCGCAGCCAGCCCACAGUGUAUAUCUCUGCAUCCCCACCCACUGCUGCUACUACUCCAUCAGAUGAAUGCGCCAUCAUCCCUAACACACCUCGUUCACAGCCCAAGUUCUACAUUUCGGCCAACACGUCAUCCGAUGACGGAGGGGGACGAAACCCUCCCACUGUAUACAUAUCAGCCAAUCCAACGCUUCAGGGUUCUGCUGGUCUGCGAGGUUUGGGAAGCCAGGUGAGCAUGGGCCCCGCCUACAUCCACCACCACCCGCCCAAAUCUCGCCCCUCUAUGGGGGCUGGAGGCACAGCUUCAUCACCUCGUGUGGUGGUUACACAGCCCAACACCAAAUACACAUUUAAAAUCACUGUCUCCCCAAACAAACCCCCGGCUGUGUCUCCUGGAGUGAUAUCGCCAACGUUUGAGCCCACUAACCUGCUCAGUCUACCUGCCGAUCACCAUUACACAGAGCCAGAGCCCCUGUACCAGUCUGACCCGCUUUCACCCCAUGGGGACAAAAGCUCAGAACCUCGCAGACUCAGCAUGGGUGCUGAUGACGCUGCUUACACACAAGCUCUGUUAGUCCAUCAGCGGGCACGUAUGGAGCGGUUGUGGCAUGAAUUAGAGCUUAAGAAGAGAAAGCUAGAAAAGCUGAAAGAGGAAGUCAACGAGAUGGAGAAUGACCUCACGAGGAGACGACUACAGCGCUCCAACUCAGUCUGUCAGAUACCAUCUAUUGAAGAGAUGCAGCAGUUGAGAUGUAAGAAUAGGUUACUGCAGAUUGAUAUUGAUUGUUUAACCAAAGAGAUCGACCUCCUUCAAACACGAGGACCAGACUUUAAUCCCAUUGCAAUUCACAAUUUUUAUGACAACCUUGGAUUCAAGGGUCCUGUACCUCCUAAACCUCCCAAAGGUCCUACAAAACCAGGUGCAGAUCACACAGGCUCUCUUGACAGGAGGGGAUGCAAAAUAAAUGUCAGCUCCAAGUUAAAGCGAGACCCCUCUCUACCUCCUGUUCCACCUCCUGUGGCUGUACCCAUGGAGAGCACUACGAAUGUGAGGGUGAUAUCGGAGCCUGAGGAAGAUGAGGGUGUUCCGUGGAGCUGUACUGCCUGUACCUUCCUCAACCACCCUGCCCUUAUCCGCUGUGAAGAGUGUGAAUUUCCACGGCAUUUCUGAGCCAUACACAAAAUGCAUGUCACAUAACAAAGACGCAUAGACAGCCACCGUUUUGCCUCCAUCUGGAAUCUCUUGGACACGUCUGUUGGGGCUUUUUCGUUUCCUCUUUGCCACGUAGUGUCUGUGUUUGUUGGUGUUGUGCUUUUCACUGAAAAGUGGAUGAUGUUUACAGCUCUUGUCUCUGUACAGAAUGUGUGUGUGUGUUGAGAGUGAGUUUUGGGUGUCUCAUGUGAGAUUUUACCCACUCGAUUCAUGAAGAGGUUCAAUACUGCCAGUGAUAUCAUUAACAUGUUUAUAACAUGCAAAUACACAAACACUUCAUACAUGUGUGUAUGGAUGCCAGCGUGCCUUUCUUCAGGGGAACUGUUCAUGCAAGUCACCUGAAGGGAAAAACAAAAGGACUAAACUCACAUUUCUUUUGUUUGGUAAACGAAACUGAAAAAAAAAAAAAAAAUGCAUGCUUUAGAUGUACAGUUUACAGAGGAGUGUCUCCACCACACAGAUUUUACUGUACAUAGUUUUAGAAUGAGCUUUUCAGUGCCUUUUUUUUUUUCUUUUUCACAUGUAUUUCCUGUAACAGUAGCUUUAUAGACGUCAUUUAUUUCUACGUAUUGUUAUUUUGUUGUUGUUCUUUCAGAAAAGUAUUGUUUUCCACCAUGAACUUUAAGGUGUUUUGUGAGAACUUAAAGGGAUGCUCAAACGUACUACAGCAAAUGAAAUCAAAAGAUGCUCUUUGUCAAGCACUCUGUCUGGCGUACGAGCUGCAGACGCAGCAAAAUCAUGAAUCAGAAUCGGAUCAUGAGUUUAUUAAGGUACAUGACCUAAGAGUGGUCAAAAGACCACAAGAAAUCCAGUGACAACCAAUGCUUUCCUAUAUGAAAACUGGAAUGUUGGUUUACUAUUAGGAGAAUAUAUACCUUUGUGCCAAGAGGAAUCAUUCUUUGCUAUGCAUUCAUAAAGAUUUAUCAGAGGAUUUGCAUUAAUGUGGAUUGAGAGAAAAGACUUGUAAGAUUUUGUCUUAUGUCUGGGUGCCAACUUUUAAAAACAUGGAGUAUCACCGCCAGCCUUUAUUGAAAUGUGCCAAAGUAUAGGAAGCGCAGAUCGUUGUGUUCCUAAGUGUAGCGAAAUAUUUCACAAUGUGCCUUAAGUCUUGCAGAGGUUCUCUGUUGCGGAUCAUGGUAUGACCAUACGCACAAUGCCUCCUCUGCAGAUGUGACAGAAUUUAAAGAGGAAUGCUUUGUUACCUGUCCUCAGAAGACUGCUAAUGCACAAAUUGUGCAUUGCAAAGUUAAAUGAGGUCAUCAUUUAUAAAACAAAUGAAUCCAUUUAAUUCCCAAAAUGUGGGUUUCUGGUAUCCAGGCUAAAAAUUACUUUGAGAACGCUGAGAACAUUUAUUCUAUGUGCUCUUUAUUUCCAAGACAUGAUUAUUUUUGGUUCCAAGAAACUGACAUAGAGUCAUGUUUCAAUUAACUUUUGAAAAGUCCAAAGAAAUAAUCAAAUCUGUCGGUCAACUUGUCCGUCAUAUGCGUGUAUGGAUUUUAAAAGAAAAGGGUAAGAAAAGUCACUUGGAUAUCUAAUGUUGUUUUUGAUUUUAGCUGGGAAAACUGUCUUUGUAAUAGAUAAGUUAUUUGUAAAAAUAAUAAAAUAAACUGUCUCCUUUG